UAUGUGUGUGUGUUUGUGUAAGAGAUAUAUAUAGUAUAAGGUCAUGCGUUCUUUUCCGUUACUAAGCAACGUGAUGACGUAUUUAUAGUACAGUCAAUCUUAAAUAGAAAGAAGAAAGAUUUUACUUUUUCUUUGCCUGAAGCAAAAUUAUUCCAAAUAUGACUGAACAUUUUUGAACAAAAGCUUAAAUAUUUAUCAAGACUCUACCAUAGUGCUGAAAUUUAUUAUUUACAAUGGAUAAAGCAUAAUUUAAAUAUAUUUUAUUUUAUAUUAUUUGAAAGUUUAGAGUUUAAAACAGUGUUUACUUGAAGUUAAUUAUAUAUUUCAAUUAAAAAAAAUGAUACGAUUUCACAACAGCGAAAUUAAUCUCAAAAGCAGUGUGUAUAACCUGGCUGGAGAAAAUUAUUUUGAACAGUUGUCUGCCUAUAACUCUAUGCGAUUUCACAUACGUCGAGUUUUGUUAGCAAAAAGUGUUGUGGAUACUAAAAAUAAAAAAUAUAUAAAUAAUAAGAAAAAACAGUUAAAAGUACAACUUCCCAGGAGAUUCAGUUUAGAUAAUUUUGUUGACCAAUUGGCUUUUGAUACCAAGCAUCAUCCUAUGGAUAUGCUUCGGAUGAAUUUAGAUAAAUAUUCUUCACAUUACGCAAAAGAAGUAAAUUGUGAAGUAUAUCCAUGUAAUAUAAACAAUAUAGAUAUUUCACGAUUGAAAAUGCAAGCUACUGAUACCGAGAGUAACGAUCAAAAUAUUUAUCAAAAUCAUUCAGUGCCAAAAUCAAAAAAGAUAUUAUCACAAAGUCGACAAAAAACUACUGGAAAAAAGCAUAUCAAAGACUUGAAUUCAAAAAAACAUAAGCAACAUUUACAAUGUAUCAUUCAGAGAAAAUGCAGGUGUGAUGAAAAACCAAUUUAUGUUACCUGUGAAAAUCCUUUCAAAUCACCCACAAAUCUGUGUCUUUCUGAUUCUGAUACAAGUUCCAAUUCUAUUGUACAAGAAGAUCAUACUUCUUCGUCAUUAUCAAGUCCAAUACAAACUUAUACACGUAAACAUACAGAAAUUCAAGCGAAAGAGGAUGCAAGAUACAUUAAGUUUGCUUAUGAGAUUACCAAAGAAAUUAUUAAAAGUGGUAUAUAUACUGAUAAAGAACUGAAUGAAAUAUUUAAAAAACAUUUAAAACGAUAUAGAACUACACUUGAUCUGCAUAGAAUGUUAAAAGAAAUAUAUCAAUUGAAAACUUUCUUAAAUAUGUCAGAAAAAUCUGAUGAAUCGGAUGAUGAUGAUAUAGAAUUUUUUAAUAUAAAUCAAAUACAGCAACAUGAAAUCAGACCACCAACCCCACCAAAGGUGCUGGAUGAGAAUAAAGUAAUAGGAAAGUUAUUAUCCUAUCAAAAAUUAAUGGAAACUCAAUGUAAUAAAAAACCAAGAUGUAGAAAGUCAGUUGUUUUGAUUGAUGCAAAUCCAGAACUCCUUGUAACAGAGCGUGAUGUGCUUACAUCAUUAUUAGAAGUUGGCAUAGAUCCUAAACAAGCAGAAAAUAUUUGUAAGAGUUUACAGAAUAAGAGCAUGGAAACAGUCCUUAACAAUAUGGCAGAAUUAAACAUAGAAACAUUUUCUAAUAAAUCAGAAGAUGUGAAUUUUCAAACAGAGAGUACAACUUGUAUAGAAAUGAAUGAAGAUGAAUACGAAGAUUUUAUUAACAAUGAGAUAUUGAAAAAAGAGAAUAAUAAGAGCUCAACCACUGAUGAUCUUUCAUCAAAACAAGAUGAAAUAAUCCAAACACCGCGAAACCCAGUAACUCUACUCAAUGAUAAUUAUACAGAGCCAAUGUGCUCGACAUUUUCACGAUUACACCAAGAAGAGCCAUUGAAUAUUGCGGAUGAGAUCAUUCAAACAGAAGAAGUACAAAUAAGUGUUGGUUCAAGAAAAAAAAUAAACAAAUUAGGAGUACACAUAACAGAAAUGUAUGAAGAAAAGAAAAAAGUUAUAAAUGAAAAUAUGCAGAUUCCAAGUAUUGUUCAAACUGAUGUCCUCGCGUGGAGUCGUGACAAAAUAGCUGAAAUCAAAGCCAAUACAUCACAUAUUACUGAAAAUAGACCAGAAGAAAAAAAUGGUUAUGAAUAUCGGAUACCGAUAACUAAAUCAACACAAGAACUUUUUUUAAAUAAAAGAAAGAAAUGCCCAAACAAUUCUCGCAUAAACGAUCAGACAAGGCCAACAACACAAACGAAAAAAUUUAAGAAAGAAUCAACUUCAUCAAAACCUGAAAAUUCAAAACCUGUUGAUAAUAAUAAAUCAAUGAGACGUACUUCUACUAAACCAACAAAAGGUGUAUCGCCAAAAAAAGUCAGAGAAUUAAAUAAAUUAGUACCAAUUUCUAACAAGAUGAAAAAUUCUAAAGCAAAAGAAAAAAUUAAUGAACCAAUUCAAAAUUUAUUGCCAUGCGUUUCAAAUACUUGUGGUAUCUGUAUUACGAAAUUGGACACGUAUAAAAGAAAAAAUUCAAAAUGUAUUACUAAGGACGAGGAAUUUGAAAACCAUAUAAUACAACAAAGAAUUGAAAAGGAACUAGAUGAAAUAAAGAUGAAUGUAUCAGAAUUAAAUAAAUAUGAAUCAGUAGCUAACGGAGAUAUAAAAACUUCUUUAAAUGAAAUUGAGAAGAAUGACAAAGAAAAAAUCAUAAAUGUAAAUGAUGUAACAUAAAAUAAAAACAUCUUUAUAAGUUGCAAUCAUCUAUAAUAUA